UUCAAAUUUGAAAAAUACAAUUUACCAAACCAAUAAUUUAAUUAAUUGAUAAAUACAAAUUAAUUAGAUAGUCUUAUUAUAUGGAAGGCAGUAGCAGCAAAGGGACCAAGAACAAAGAAGAUAAAGGAAGAGAAGAAGUGCAUUACCGAGGGGUAAGAAGGCGGCCGUGGGGGAAAUAUGCGUCGGAGAUUCGAGACCCAUCAAGGCAGGGGGCUAGGUUGUGGCUAGGAACAUUUGACACCGCAGAGGAGGCGGCGCGUGCUUAUGAUAGAGCUGCAUUUAGCAUGAGAGGUCAUCUUGCAAUCCUUAAUUUUCCUAAUGAAUAUUAUUCUCGAGUAAUUGCUUCAUCGUCUUCUCCUCAUCAGUCGUCAUCUCCUUCCUCUUCAUUUAGUGGUGCAAUGGAGAUGAGUUCUGAGAGAGGAAGCUCCAGUUCGAGUGGGCAAGAGAAGCAAGUGUUUGAGUUCGAGUAUUUAGAUGAUACGGUCUUGGAGGAGCUUCUUGAAUCAGAGGAGGAGAAGAAGAAGAAACGACGGGAAGAUUGAUGAAUAUUAUCUGCAUUCUCUUCACAUUAACUGUUGUAGUGAAGAGCUUUUCUAUAUUUAUACAUAUAAGAUAGAAGAUGAAUAAAUUGUGGUUCACCCAUUAGAUGAGAAAUGUAUGGCUUGGUAGUUAAUUCCAUGGAUUUCUGGAAUUUAAAUGAAUUAAUUAAAGUUGCUGCAAUUCCAUAAUUUAUUA